AGGAGAGGGCAGAUUUUGGCAGGAGAGAGUCUUGGUGGCAAAGGCAGGUGAACCAUGGCGGCAGGGUCCCAGGGUCCACGUCCGCUUGUCCUAGGUCUGCUGCUGUGCGCACUGAGCCCCACUGUGUCCCAGGGUGGGAAGCUGUUGUUGGUCCCGGUGGAUGGCAGCCAUUGGCUGAGCAUGCUCGGGAUCGUCCAGCAGCUGCACCAGAGGGGACAUGACAUAGUGGUCCUAGCUCACGAGGCCUCCGUGCACAUCAAAGAAGGAGCAUUAUACACCUUGAAGAGGUACCCUGUGCCAUUCCGAAGGGAGGACGUGGAAGCGGCUUUUAUCAGACUUGGGCACGGUGUUUUUGAGAAUGAGCCUUUGCUGCAGCGUGUGGUCAAAAUGUAUAAGAAAGUCAAGGAGGACUCUGCCCUGCUUUUGUCUGCCUGCUCCCACUUACUGCACAACAAGGAGCUAAUGGCCUCGCUGGUGGAAAGCAGCUUCGAUGCCGUGUUGACAGACCCUUUCCUCCCUUGUGGCCCCAUCGUGGCCCUGUACCUGGGUCUGCCUGCCGUGUUCUUCUUGAAUGCGCUGCCGUGUGGCCUAGAUUUUCAAGGUACCCUGUGUCCCAACCCACCAUCCUAUGUGCCCAGGGCUCUGUCCCUUAACUCAGAUCACAUGACCUUCCUACCGCGGGUGAAGAACAUGCUCAUUUUCUUGUCAGAGAGCUUUCUGUGCAAUGUGGUUUAUUCCCCGUACGGACCACUUGCCUCUGAAGUCCUUCAGAAAGAUAUGACUGUCCAGGACCUGAUGGGCUCUGCAUCUCUCUGGCUUCUCAGAAGUGACUUUGUCAAGGAUUACUCCAGGCCCAUCAUGCCCAACAUGGUUUUUGUUGGUGGGAUCAACUGUGCCAGCAAAAGCCCACUGUCCAAGGAAUUUGAAACCUAUGUUAAUGCUUCCGGAGAACAUGGAAUUGUGGUUUUCUCUUUGGGCUCCAUGGUCUCAGAGAUUCCUGAGAAGAAAGCUAUGGAAAUUGCUGAUGCUCUGGGCAAAAUAUCUCAGACAGUCCUGUGGCGGUAUACUGGCACUCCACCACCAAAUCUCGCGAAGAAUACAAUCCUUGUCAAGUGGCUGCCCCAGAAUGAUCUGCUUGGUCACCCGAAAACUCGGGCCUUUAUCACACAUUCUGGCUCCCAUGGCAUAUAUGAGGCAAUUUGCAACGGCGUUCCAAUGGUGAUGCUGCCCUUGUUUGGUGAUCAGAUGGACAACGCGAAGCGCAUGGAGACCCGGGGGGCUGGAGUGACCUUGAACAUCCUGGAAAUGACUUCUGAAGAUUUAGCAAAUGCCAUAAAAACUGUCAUCAAUGACAAAAGCUAUAAGGAGAACAUCAUGCACCUCUCCGGGCUGCACAAGGACCGCCCCAUCGAGCCCCUGGACCUGGCUGUGUUCUGGGUGGAGUUUGUGAUGAGGCACAAGGGGGCUCCACACCUGCGCGCUGUAGCCCACGAUCUCACCUGGUACCAGUACCACUCUCUGGAUGUGAUUGGCUUCCUCCUGGCCAUUGUGCUGGGGGUUGUCUUCAUCACUUAUAAAUGUUGCGCCUUGGGCUGCCGGAAGUGCUUUGGGAAGAAAGGACGAGUUAAGAAAUCUCACAAAUCCAAGGCACACUGAGAAGUAGGUGGGAAAUGAGAUGACCCAAAGUUGCAACCACAGGCAACGUUAAAUUCAUGUUCUGCUUAUUAAAGAAAUACUUAGCCCUGAAUGAGAUACCCCUGAGUGUUUUUUUAAAAAUAAAAACAAUCUAAUUGCUAGUGACACCUACAGGUUGAGACACUUGAAUCGUUUCUGCCCCCCUCUGGUAUCUUUAAUCUGGACUACCCUUGUCAUCUUUAAAAUGACUUGCCAAAAGGGUCGGACAGGUCCCUCCUGCACUUUGCAUUACUUUUCUUACUUAGAAGUGAGGCCUCUUUGGGGGGCACAGAUUUCAGAGUUCCUCCCCAGCCCCACCCUGCGACCUGGGCGGACGGUUCUAACAUCAUCGUCUGGCUUCUGUAGACUGUUGUGAUCAAUUCCUUCACCCGUGACGGCAGGUCUUAACUUAAUGCUCGCGCUUCACAGAUGUCACUUUGUGUAUUUAAAGAAGGAGACACCAGGGCAUAGUGCUUUGUACGUGAAAUAAAUGAAUGAUACAGGAUCUUUUGAGAAUAGUGUCUGAUUUCUGUCUUUAGGGAAAAGAAUGGUGUAUAAAACUGAUGAGUGAUGUGUUCAAGAGGAUAAUCAUGGCUUGUGGCAAAUGGAUGUCAUUUGAGAAAAGCCCAAAGUAGAGUGUCUCACAAGUGUAUUUUCUCUGAUGUUUCCCACAAGUGAAAACAUUAAUAAAUUCAUAUAAAUUAUA